UGUGUGUCAUGGUUGGACAAUGAUGGUACUGUGGGGUUUACUAUGUACUACGCAUGCUGAGCCCUGACCUAGGGGCGGAGCUAAAAAUAGUGCAUAUCAUUGAUUGGUUAAAUGCGGUCAUGGCAGGAUCGUCCCGAGUUACGUGACGGAUUUUACAUUUCCUACCCUUAAGUCAGAUCCGCCAUUUUCUAGCCAGACCAAAUCCUGACUGGAUUUCUGUUCACGUCGUUCGAGUCCUACCGAGGGUGUAACACAGUGGGUCUGUACACCCUACGUCGUGCGCCAACGCUUCGUGUAAAACGCCAUUUUCGAUUCCGCCGAAGGAAAUGUCUGAAAGUUUUGCCGUGCAACUUUCCUUGUAUUUCUAGUAAAGAUGAAAGUAUUGGCACCCCGGUAAAUCUUCUUUCGUAAGGAACCGUGUCCUGCUAUUUAAAAAUCACUGUAUCUUGUGUUUAAAUACGACACUCUUGGGGCUUGGGGACUGGAUUUCUUAGCGAGUCGUGCUCAGCUGCUCUGACGUGUGAAUCUUUCUGAAGUGCCGAUUACCGUAGAAGAAUGUGAUUCCAGGUACUUUUCACAUACUGCUAGGGAAAUAAACGGUUACAUGAUGCGGAAUACCCCGUAGAUUUAAUUUAUCGGUGUGUCAUCACCGGUUCAUCGUUCUAGUGCUUAUCCUCCCAAGAUAAUAGGACAGACCCACCCUAAGGGUACUUAUUUCACACAAUACCAAUAUCAGAAAGUAUCGAUACAUUUACCUACGUAAGUAUAUUCUCCGUAACGUUUAGCUCUGUGGAAGUAUAGGCGCUUUUCGUUCGUAGUAGACUCACUUCUGUCAGUUUGUUCAAAACUGACCUUUGGGGUCAGAAGGCCACUCUUCACACUCGCGUGGCUCUUUCCACACAGACAUGCCCGGGUUCACUGACCAUAAGUGCCCAAGGUUUUAAAAAAUGAUUACAACAUUAUAUCGAAACAAUCAUGUUGACCUGUAGUUACUCUUAUUUAACAUAAAGGAAACCAUGGCAUUAUUAUUAUCAUUAUUAUUAUUAUUAUUAUUAUAUUACGUUAUGUUCGCCUAACACAUGAAUUACAGUUUAUACUAUAGCAAUGUUGAAUUCUCGAUUCUGAUUGGUCAGAAGGUGUUGAUUUCAUUUUCUACAACAGACCGUAAUCACAGGUUUAUAUUAAUGAGCUCGUUCGAAUGCGGUAUCGUUUCUAUAGAAACCGCUUAAACAGAGAGUUGUAAGGUGGAUGCUCCAUCUAUGCAGUUUUUAAAUAAAUAAAUAAAUAAAUAAAAUCCCAUCUGAUUGUUGAUUUGUUGACGUUUUCUGUCAGGAGACGUAUAUUUAACGCUUAUGGAAGGAGUCUCCAGUGUCAGCGCUUUGUAACAACUUCGUGUACGUUUCAGACCCCUACAGGAUAGAGGAGUUUACGCUUACGCGGUUUCCCAGUAACGUGACAAGCUGCGUCUUUUUUUGUUUGUUUGUUUGUUUUUUUUGUAAGAUGUUCAACAACAUUAAUUGUAACUAUAAACGGAUAAUGUGUCAGUAUGGAAAAUGGGAAUACAAAUAAGGAGGAGCGAUUUUGUAAUUGUACUUUGACUUUAAUGUACUUUAUUUUGAAAUUGAUACAUGCAGCACGUUCAGGACAAAUUGAAAUAAGAAGGUGAUGUGAAACAAGUGAGGCAAUCGUCUAAUUACAGUAUUGUCGUGGAAAUUAGACAACACUCGCAGACUCUGAAGUUAAAAAAGUCAGGUCUUUCGCUCUGCACAACAAACGGAAAAUCACCUUCGCGUCAACACAGACUUCGGAGUGAAACUUUUUCGUUCGUAGUAGACUCACUUCUGUCAGUUUUUUUCACGAACCUUCGCUUGUUGUCCAGAAAAGCUGAAAAGACUCGCGCAGUCCAGCCAGGAGACGCCAAAUUGUCGUGGAAGUUAGACAACACUCGCAGACUCGUCCUCUGAAGCUUACCACGAUGAGCGGGGAUGUUUAGGCUCUGACGUCCUAGUCUAGUGGAUGUCGUUUUUAAAUCUUCCAGGCGUACACAGACAGCUAGUGUUUAAACGACGCCAAUCACGUUGCCACCAUGCGUCGGGUGUAAACCCAGACUCCUCUGCUUUGCUGUAUCGCUCCAGACUGAAGUGGAAUUUUUUUUCCUGUAACAACACUUCUCACUAGACUGCCAUAUUCAUCAAGGCUGAGUGUUGCAACUGUGGUGUGAGAUGUUUUAGCCAAUCAGGAAGCACAGAGAGAGGGGAUCUGCGUAAGGAGGGAGGAGCUUGAGAACAGGGCCGGCAGGAAGGGGGGGAGUUUGAAAUGAAUGAUGCUUUUGGGCGGCUUGUGAGACAGGCGGAAGAGAAGACACCGGCAUUCUGCUGAACCAAGGAACGAAGACGAAAUCAGAUUAAAAAAAAAAAGAAAUAUAAUUUUUUUUUUAAAUCUCAACAGAUCAAACAGCCAGGGCUUGGACAAUGCAGUUGACCAUGUGUGAACCCUCAGCCAUGUCCACAGCAGGAGAGAUUGAGCCUGCAGGAGACGUGAGCGUGCUGCAGUCCUGUGCUACUGAAGACAGCAUCGCUUCUCUGGAUUACCCUACUGCAGAGUCCACAGCCAAUGAAUCAUCAGAGGAGGAAUCUCCCUGUGAGCGAGAAGAAGAGAAUAACAGUGUUAACACACACACAGAGCCUGCUCCCGCCUCUGCGGCCCCGGGUUCGGCUCUGUGGACGUGCCAGAGGGACGGCGAGGUGAAGCUGAGGAUGGCCGAGUCGGGGCCGGCGGCUGCAGCUCCUCUCACCGUCAACCAGCUGUUCACGCGCACCGUGGAGCAGUUCGGUGACCGGACGGCGCUCGGCUGGAAAGACGGAGAGCAGUGGAGGAAAAUGACCUACAGAGAUUAUUACAGAGACUGCCGCAUCGCCGCCAAGAGCUUCCUCAAGCUCGGUCUGCAGCGCCACCAUGGAGUCGGCAUCCUGGGCUUCAACUCUCCCGAGUGGUUCAUCUCUGAUAUCGGAGCGAUUUUGGCCGGAGGUUUCGCCGUGGGCAUCUACACCACCAACUCGCCGGACGCGUGUCACUACGUCGCGGAGAACUGCCAGGCCGACAUCCUCGUGGUGGAGAACCACAAACAGCUGCAGAAGAUCCUGCAGAUCCAAGACAAGCUGCCUCACCUGAAAGCCAUUAUCCAGUACAAAGACGCUCUGAAAGAGAAGAAACCAAAUCUUUACUCGUGGGAGGAGUUUAUGGAACUGGGCCGUGACGAGCCGGACGCUCCGCUCGAUGACAUCAUCGCGUCCCAGAAACCCAAUCAGUGCUGCACGCUGAUCUAUACGUCAGGAACCACCGGACAGCCGAAGGGGGUCAUGCUGAGCCAUGAUAACUUGACAUGGACGGCGUUUUCGACGGUUUAUACGAUCAACCUAUCGGAGACGUCUCAGGAGACGGUGGUGAGCUACCUGCCCCUCAGUCACAUCGCCGCCCAGAUGGUCGACAUCUGGAUCACUAUGAGGGUCGGAGGAGCCACGUACUUCGCCCAGCCUGACGCCCUCAAGGGCUCGUUGGUGAACACCCUGCGUGAGGUGCGUCCCACGGCGUUCCUGGGAGUCCCGCGGGUCUGGGAGAAGAUGCAGGAGAAGAUGAAGGCAGUCGGAGCCAAAUCAUCCACCGUGCGCCGGAAAGUGGCGUCCUGGGCCAAAGACGUGGGUCUGCAAACCAACCUGAGCAAGAUGGAGCAGAACGGUGCAAUGACCCGCACGCCGCUGAACUAUCGCCUGGCCAAGCGUCUGGUGUUCAGGAAAGUGAGGAAGGCGCUGGGGUUGGACCGCUGCGUCCACUGCUUCACCGGCGCCGCGCCCAUCACCAAGGACACGCUGGAGUUCUUCUUCAGCCUGGACAUCCCGCUGUACGAGCUGUACGGCAUGAGCGAGAGCACCGGACCACACAGCAUGUCCCUGCCUGAUGCCCUCAGACUCACCAGCUGCGGGAAGGUGAUCGCAGGCUGCCAGACGAAGAUCUUUAACCCCGACUCGGAUGAAAACGGCGAGAUCUGCUUCUGGGGUCGUCACAUCUUCAUGGGCUACCUGAACAUGGUCGACAAGACCGAGGAGGCGCUGGACAAAGACGGCUGGCUGCACUCCGGAGACCUGGGCAAGCACGACAAGGACAACUUCCUGUACAUUACAGGACGCAUCAAAGAGCUGAUCAUCACCGCCGGAGGAGAGAACAUCCCCCCGGUGCCCAUCGAGGACGCGGUGAAGGAGGCCGUGCCCAUCAUCAGCAACGCCAUGCUGAUCGGAGACAAGCGCAAGUUCCUCUCCAUGCUGCUCACCCUCAAGUGCCAGGUAAACAGUGAGACAGGCGUCCCAGAGGACGAACUCACCCCCGAGGCUGUGGAGUGGUGCAGUAAGUUGGGCAGCUCGUCCACGCGGGUGUCUGAGAUCUGCGGGGGACGCGACCGCCUCGUCCACGCCGCCAUCCAGGACAGCAUUAACCGAGUGAACGAGAACGCCACGUCCAACGCCCAGCGCGUCCAGAAGUUCACCGUGCUCGAGCAGGACUUCUCCAUCCCCGGAGGAGAGCUCGGUCCCACUAUGAAGCUGAAGAGGCCGGUGGUGAUGAAGAUGUACAAAGAGCAAAUCGAGAACUUCUACAAAGAGGCUGUGACCCCAAGCAACCCUGAGAACCCGCUGCCUCCUAAAUAAGAUCCUUACCAAAGGGCGCGCACACACACACACAUACACACACACACUUGCCUCCUGUCUGUAUCUAUGUCGCUUCUCAUGUAAAUGACUGUGUGUGUGUGUGUGUGUGUGUGUGUGUGUGUGUGUGUGUGUGUGAAACUUUCCCCACGUGAUGUUUUCCAGCGAAUUCUCUCUUCUUUGUUUUUGCGAUUUGUUUAUUUUUACCAUUAGGUUUUUUUUUGUUUGUUUGUUUUUUGUUUACAUUUGCAAGCGCGAUGCUAAAGUCACACGAGCGACCUCAGCUUCACGAGGGUUCUUCUCGAGAGUAGCGUCGGCGUUAUUUAUUUAUUUCCGAGGUGUGAUGAAGUUCGUAGGAGAGCCGUGGUCUUCUGGUGCCGGUUCAUCGGGAACGUUCAGGAAUCCGAGCUGCCCGCGUUUACACGAUGGAUCUAUUUAUAAAUCACUUAUUUAUGGUUUGUGUGUGUGUACGCCAAAGCGUGAAAGUAGGAAGGGGGAUUAAAAAGGAACAUGUGUUAGCUGUGUGUAUCUGGAGUGUUUUUCAGAACGUUCUCGAUUUAAAGAUGAUCCAGCACCGAUUCCGAAUAUAGGGCUGUGUCUGUCUCUCUGGAUGGAUGGAUGGAUGGAGUCACCAUCGUCCUCUGAGAACAUUCCACAGGGUUUUUGUUUGACGUCUGGGAUUCCAGUAUGGGAAUGUGUUAAAUGUAUAGACGCUCGAUUCCAGAUGUUCAGAAAUUCUGGAGAAAACGUACCUGAGACGCCGAGGGUCUCCAGACGUUCCGUUCUUCAAUCUAGCACCCUAUGAAAGGGUUUGCACUUCUGGGAUAACCUGCGACAUUUUCUAUGGAACCCUACGCCAAAGUACUUCCAAAAGUUUCCAAGUACCCCCCCCCCCCCCUUUGGGACGCUAGAACCGUGACCAAUCCAAAGAACCCUCGAGGAACCUUUGGUGUAGGAUUCCAUAGACGUUGUAUGGAUUCAACUUGGAAUAUAUCUGAAAGGGAAAACUGUUGGAAACUUUCCGAAAGGUUCCAGGUAGGACCACAUUACAAAGCUGGAACCAUCGGCUAUAUAAAGAACAUUCUAGGAACCUUUCUGAAAGGGGGGGGGGGAUAAAACGCUCAAGUGUCAGGUUCUAUAGAAAUUGGAUGGGUUCUACUUGGAAAACACCUCUUUGGGAAGCUAGAACCGUUUCCGAUCCAAAGAACCCUUGAGGAACCUUUGGUGUAGGAUUCUGUAUCGGUUGAAUGGAUUCUACUUGGAAAAUUUUCAGAUGUGUUCCAAGUAGAACCCAAAUAGGAAGUUGGAACCAUUAUCCAUACAAAUAACCCUCAAAGAACCUUUUCUGAAAUGGAAACGUUCGGUGGUGCGCUGUACAGAAGUGGUACGGGUUCUACCCGGGAACGUUCUGAAAAGGAGAACCUUUUGGAAACUUUUCAGAAAGGUCCCAAGUAGAACCCAGUCAGGAAGCCGGGAACCGUCAGCGAUCUAAAGAACCGUUGAACCUUUCUGAGAGGGGAAAACCUUUAGGGAUCUACAGGGGUCGGAUGGGUUCUACUUGGAAACUUUCUGAACAGGAAAGCCUUUGGGAACUAGGAACCAUUAGCAAUCCAAAGAACUCCCCUGUAGUAUUUAUUUAUUUAUUUUAGAACCAAAAAAAAAGAAAUAAAGCUACGUGAAUGUGAGCCGUAGAAAGAAAUUCUGCGGGGGGAAAAUAAAAAUAAACAAAAAUAUAAAUCCUGCAUUUUUCCCCCCCCCCGUGAAUUAAAGGGACGUGUUCUGAGAGAGCGCUUGAAGGUUCCCCCUGAGAACCCAAACGAUCUCAAACGGAUCAUCUUUCUUUAAAUGUUCACGAUGAUCUCGUCCCUGAGUUCUUCCUGUUUGAAGAUGUGGAUGAGGUUCUAAUAAGCGUGCGUGUGCGUGUGUGUGUGUGUGUGUGUGUGUGUGUGUGUGUGUAGCAUUGACGGCAGUGUAGAGAAUGAAAAUCAGUCUGGUUCUCUGACGCUCUGAGUUCACGCCAGUGAAAACAGCAGGGAUUUUCAGGUCAGAUGUGUUUGCACUAUUUAUUGCGUCUCUCGUGUGCUGCUCUGGUUUCAUGGACGUUUCACCAGCAGCAGGUUUAAAGCCAAGGAACCGUUUAAGCCAUGAAUGUUUUGUUGCUUCUUUUUUUUUCUUUUUUUUUCCCCCUCCCUCUCUCGCUCUCUCUUUUCAGCCAUGUUCAAUGUUGAAGCGUUCAUAUGUAUUAUCUGGAGUUGUGUUAUUAUUAAUAUAUUAUUAUUACUAUAUUAAUAUAUAACAGAUGGCCGUGCACUUGUUAAAUAUUGUAAAUACCUUCCUGCUUUAUUUGUCCUGUGUGCGUUCAUCACACGAGCAACCGAACAGCUGCUCUAAUGUCACGUAAUGUCGAUUUUAAUAAAUGAAACGGAAGUAAAUA